GGUACAGAAAACAUGAUUCAGUUAUUUAUUAUUGUAAGAGCAUGAUCGAUGAAAUUAUCAAAUUUGGGUAUCUUAAAACAUUGUUGAAUUUCAUGUUAUGCAUAGGUGAUCUGAAUUAGUUGUUACACAUUAGAAUUAUGAGAGAAAGUAACACUUUAUAAAUUUGAGAAACCACUCUAUUAUUCUGUUAGAACUUUCUCAUUUGUGUGUGUAGGGAAAAAAAGUUCCACAUUCCAAAUGGGAUAAAUUGGUUUGACAAGCAUUAAACUCAUUUCCUUAUUGACAAAUGGUUAUAGGAUGAAAUCUCACUUGUCUAUAGUGCAGAUCACUUUUUACGCUAUCACUGGUCAUGACACAAGGUCCAACACAUCCCAUCAUCAAUUGGUUUUCAGAUACAUCAUGUGAGCUUUUUGAUGCCAUCUACCAAUUUGGUGACUCUCUUUCCGACACCGGCAACUAUGUUCUAGAGCCCAACAGCAACACCGUCUACAACAGGCUCCCUUAUGGUCAAACCACACAACCAACGGGUCGUGCCUCCGACGGCCUUAUCAUGGUGGAUUACAUUGCAUCAUACUUCAAUCUACCACAACUGAACCCAUAUCUAGCCACCGGAAGCGACUUCACCCACGGAGCCAAUUUCGCGAUAAUAGGCGCUACUGCUAAUGGUGGACUCAACGUCAAUUCCUUAGCUAAGGAGCUUGAUUGGUUUAAAACUCACCUCAACUCUACUUACUCUAAUCCGGCAGAAAUCAAAGAAAAACUUCAAAAGUCGUUGGUGCUAUGGGAGAAAUCGGAGGCAAAUGACUUCAAUGGUCCUUUUUCUCAAGGAAAAACGAUCGAAGAAGUAUAUAAGCUUGUUCCAGGAGUUAUAAAGACCAUCCACGAUGCAGUCGAGGAAGUGAUAAGCUUAGGGGCUACUAAUAUUGUGGUACCUGGGAACUUUCCAAUCGGAUGUGUGCCUCUUUACCUUGUUAAAUUUGAGACGAAUGAUACCUCAAAGUAUGAUGAGCUUCAUUGCCUAAUUGACUACAAUAACUUCGCAAAGUCCUACAAUCAGCAAUUACUACAAGCCAUCAAUCAAUUGCAAAACGAGCACCCGGAUGUAGCCAUCGUCUAUGGAGACUACUAUUCUGCCUUGACUUCGGUCAUUAGCAAUGCUCGACAAUUAGGGUUCGAGGAAGGUGGCACUGAAAAGGCUUGUUGUGGAACCGGUAAUAAUCCUUACAACUUCGGUGAUAAAAGUUGUGGCAGUCCUGGAGCUCUAGUUUGUCCGAACCCUAGUAAAAGAGUAAGUUGGGAUGGAGUUCAUAUGACUCAAGAAGGAAACAAAAAUGUUGGACAACAAUUGAUUAAGCAGUUUGUAUCUGCACUUCAAAAACAUAUUCGAAGACGUCGUAGUAGACAGUGAUUUAUACAAAUUACAUUAAAGAUUGCCAAAAUAAAGGAUACACCUCUUAUGUAUGUUCAACCAUAAUUAUUUAGUGCAUUUCUUAAUUUGCUACUACAUAGACUUUAAUUUGCUUAAUUAAUUUUGUGAGCACACAAUACAAGUAUGUUUUUCUUGUUCACCAAUUUAAUCAGAUUAACACCUUCAAUUCUUUUUGUAUGCUUUUAUAUUGUGAAAAAACUUGGAUCUUACCCACUACUUAAA